AUGGAUCAAGAGAGUGACCCCAAGCUGAAUGAUGUCUUGAAUCUUCACCACAAGAGAAAUGGCCACCCCCGACUUCCUCAUCCCGCUCUCCUGGAGCUUCUCUGUGCUGCCGAGAUAGAUACCUCUAACUCAAAGGCGAAACAGAAAUGGAAGCACAAACAGAAAUCGAAAAUUGAAACAGAAGUCAAGGGUGUUCACACUGGAAGAGUUUCCUCGAGGAUGCGAAGGUGGAGUGUCAUACCCAGCAGGCAUUGGAUAACCCUUUCCCUGAGCCUUAUUCAUGAUCUGCCGGUCUCAAUCACAGAGUUGCUCUUAGCCUCUCUCGUUCAAUGGCUUAAAAAUGGCCAACAAGUUGAUGCUGGUGUGUGGCCCGCUCGUAAGCCUGACAUGGCGAGGCUGCUGUAUGAUGACUUGGCCACCUGGCGCUCUGACCUGAAGAAAAUCGCGAUCUCCAGUCGCCUCUUCAGGCAUACAGUCUUUCCCCACCAGCUGAUAUCCCCAGUUGAAGAACGUGCAGCUUGGGUUGAAGCUGCCGCCGCAGAAUUACUGGAUGGUGGUAGAUUUCUGCGCUUUGGGCUAGAUGAAUUGGGGAAAACUAGGAAUUUUGCGCAUCCUGCGCUUCUUCAGGCCAUUGUCCUAUUUUUCUACACCGGAACUUAUCAGUCUCUUGUUUGCACAGCGGGCCUGAAGAAAAAUGGUAACGGCAAGAGUUACUCGAAGUUCACUUCCAAGGAGUAUGAGUUGGUCUAUCAUUCAAUGCUUGCACUACUUGAUGAUGUCAUGAAAGACCCAUAUCAUGGGCCAAAGCUGGUCCAGCAGCUUCGUGAAUGGGCCAAGAUCGGAUGGGCGGAGGCAUCCAAACUCGAUGGCGUUGACAUGUUGAAACACCACCACUUGCGUGUCCAGCUUGAUUGA